UCACACGUGAAGUAAAAUCCAAGAUGGCUACCACUCGAGCGAAGAAAGUUCUUAUUCAUCCUGUUGUCCUGUUUAGUAUCGUUGAUUCAUUUGAAAGGCGRAAUGAAGAGGCCAAAAGAGUUAUAGGAACACUUCUUGGUGUAGUUGACAAAGGAUUAGUUGAAGUUAAGAGCUGUUUUGGGGUACCACACAACGAAUCCGCCGACGAGGUCGCUGUUGAACUGGAAUAUGCGAAGAGUAUGUUUGAACUUUCCCAUAAAGCCAAUCCUAAAGAACAAAUUGUUGGAUGGUAUGCUACUGGUCCUGAUGUAACAGAACAUUCAUUGCUCAUCCAUGAAUAUUACUCACGAGAAACUAAUAAUCCUAUCCAUCUUACUGUCGACACAACACUAAAAGGGCACAAAAUGGGAAUCAAAGCAUAUCAGAGUGUUAAAAUGGGAGUCCCUGAGAAGACRGAAGGAACUAUUUUCAGUCAAAUUCCUUGUGAAAUCAAACUUACUGCUUCUGAAAAAGUUGGAGUUGAGGUACUUCAAAGAACAAAAAUUGCAUCAAAGAAAUCAGUGUCACUCAUAUCUGAUAUGCAGCACGUGACAAGUGCAACAGAUCGUUUAUUGAAUAUCAUCACAGAUGUCAUUAGCUAUGUGGAGAAUGUUAUAAAUGGAAAAAUUGUUCCUGACAAUGCCGUGGGRCGUGAGUUAACAGGAUUUGUAGAAGCUGUGCCUAAAAUGACGCCUGAUGAAUUUGAAUCAAUGCUGAACAGCAAUAUGCAGGAUCUUCUGAUGAUUGUAUAUUUAGCAAAUCUCUGUAAAACSCAGCUUGCUUUGGGUGAAAAACUCAACGCUGUUCUGUAACAGAAACAUUAUAACGCAUAUAUACUGAAUAAACUAUUUUAAACGGCAA